AUGUCGAGCCACAUGGAAUACAGCUCCUGCCCCAGAGAUUGCCCCACGAUGGACAGCCUGGAGAGGCAGCUCAUCUGCCCCAUCUGCUUAGAGAUGUUCACCAAGCCGGUGGUCAUCCUGCCAUGCCAGCACAACCUCUGCAGGAAAUGCGCCAAUGACAUCUUUCAGGUGAGCAGCGCCCCCCCCCCAGAACUACCUGCCAGAGGAGGGACAACCUUGGGAUCUGCUGGGAGGUUUCGCUGCCCAUCCUGCCGCCACGAAGUGGUCCUGGACAGACACGGCAUCUACGGGCUGCAACGCAAUCUCCUGGUCGAGAACAUCAUUGACAUCUACAAGCAAGCGUCGGCAAGCGGACCUGAUAGGCCCCUGUUAAAAACCGAGCACCCCACCUGCGAAGAACACGAGGAUGAGAAGAUCAACAUCUAUUGCGUGACGUGCGGGGUGCCCACCUGUUCCCUCUGCAAGGUCUUCGGGGAGCACAAGGACUGCGAAGUGGCCCCCCUCUCGGACAUCUACAUGAAACAGAAGACGAAGCUGACGGACGGGAUCAGUGCUCUUGUGGCCGCCAACGACAGGAUCCAAGCCUACAUCAACGCGUUGCAAGGGACGUGCAAAAACAUCGAGAAUGCAAAAGUCCUCAUCCGCAAGAUUUCUGAAAUGGCCCAGAGCUGCAAGCUCGACCCCCUGGAAUCGGGUUACGACAAUAUGGAGCAUUACGCCGUGGACUUCAAUGCGGAGGAAAGAGUCCUGUACCAGCUGGAUUUCAUCAAAGUCGAAGAAGAGCCUGAACCGACAGCUGAGGAAGACGGGGCCUGUGGGGAGGCUGAAGACCCCUCGGCGGACUCUGGGGCAGGGGCUGGCGAGGGAAGAGAGGACCCAGAAGGCUUCCUUGCCUUUGGAAAAGAGGAGCAGGCUUCAGGAGUCACAACUCUGACAAGUGAGGGUCUGAGCAUUGCUGCUGAUGGCGGAGAAGGAAAGACCGUGCCCCAUUCAGGGACAGAAGGCCAGGUUGGCACAGAAGGCACGAUGUGGGCCUCUCAGCAGAGAGAGGACUCUCAGCUGGGCCGAGAGCUCCAUUUCACAGGCUCUGAUCCACCGACGUCUCUGGCAGAGGGAACGUUGAAGAGUAAGGACCUGAUCGACGUGGGACAGCUCAAACAGGAGGGUGCGGCUGCCGAAGGUUUCAGCACCACGGAGAGCGGAGAAGGUGGAGUCGGAGAUGCGUUCCUCCUGAAUGAAGCCGUGUCUUCUAGUAGCCAGGGUCCAGCCUCCGAUCCGGCUGCCGACAGUGGGAGGAAUGAAGAGAUCAUCGAGCCGCUCCUCAGCAGCUGGUUCAAUCCCACCCUUUGGCUGCAUGAUUAA